GCUUCAUUAAAGAUGAUGUGUCUUAAGUCAAUCAGUCUGCGGAAGGCCGAGACUUGGUCUGCAGCCCUGUCCGUCGUGAAUGGUACUGCCGGGCGGUGUGGCCUUUUCUUACCAACGGCCCUAGUCCGCUUUGAGCUCGCUAAAGGGUUAACCCUAGGAAAUGCCAAGAGCGAAAAAGCGCACCACAACGAGACUUGCGAUCUCGAAGUUCCAGCGGCCGACCGAAAGAAAAGCGACAAAACUUCUCACCCGACAUCGAGGACCACCCCGCUCGGCAACCACAUCAAGAUGGUCCGUUACGCUGCUCAGGAGAUUCCGGCCGCUAAGAGCGCCCGCGCCCGGGGCUCUUACCUGCGCGUCAGCUUCAAGAACACCCGUGAGACCGCUCAGGCCAUCAACGGCAUGAAGCUCCAGCGUGCUCUUACUUUCCUUGACAACGUCACCAACAAGCUCGAGGCUGUCCCCAUGCGGAGGUUCGCUGGCAGCACCGGCCGUUGCGCUCAGGGCAAGCAGUUCGGUGUCAGCAAGGCUCGCUGGCCCGAGAAGUCCGCCAAGUUCCUCAUCGACCUCCUGAAGAACGCUGAGGCCAACGCCGACACCAAGGGUCUUGACACUGGCAACCUUGUUGUCAAGCACAUCCAGGUCAACCAGGCCCCCAAGGGCCGCAGACGCACCUACCGUGCUCACGGUCGUAUCAACCCCUACAUGACCAACCCUUGCCACAUCGAGCUUAUCCUUACUGAGGGUGAGGAGGUUGUCCAGAAGGGUCCCGUUGCCAAGGAGGCUCACCUCUCCUCUCGUCAGCGUGGCCUCCAGGUCCGCCGUGCCAUCCAGGCAUAAGCGGUUCAUGGGUGUCGGGGGUGAGGUAGUCGGAAAAUGAAUGGGAAAGCCGGAGUUUUCUGUUGUACGGAACAAAUACCUUUUUACGGAAGGAAUACAAAAGAAAUUUCUACAAACUGAACAACCCUUCGAAAUCUAUGGGUGGAAGCAUCAGUUCUUCCCUCUUGUCAUGAAUAUCUCCUUAAGCGUUGAUCAUAUCCCGAAUAUCUCACGAUCACUAUGUGAUUUCUCGGGGGGAAGGGAUCAUUUGUUUCAAUAGUCCCCUGGCUUUGCAGACAACCCAUGGUGCCAUGCAAUAAUUGGAUGCUUGGCUAGGUACAGGCUGGAUCGGACAUUUUAUUCUCAUACUUCAGGAUACUGUUGAGCUUUGUUUCACGAAUGGGAUACGGAAAUCUAUAUUAAUGAGGUUCGGGAGAAAUGCCGAUGAUCUUGCUUGUACUAGAAAAGUCAUACAUGCGUCCAUGUUUAACCGUCGGGUGCUGAAUACGUAAGUUAGACCGUAAUGAGGACUUCCGUAGUCUAGUUGAUUUAUGGACGAGCGUCUGCAAUAUACGAGACAUGAUACUACGUAGUCGUCAGAAGGUGUAGCCAAG